CGCAUGCCGAUGAUCAUAAUUAUGUGUAAGCAGUUUUUUUCGUUAUCCUCCGAUACCCCAAAUCGUUAUCUUCCGAUACAUUACACUCCGAUCACAAUAUUCCUGAGAAAAGGACUUUGCCUUUAAAAAGCCCACCAUGGAUUGGAUUCCUAGCCGCACCACCCUAUUUUGCCUUCUGGGUACCUUACUAUGUUGUAAGGCAUUGGAUCCAGACCUCAUCACUAUGAUGCCUGGACUUCUUAAACAGCCAAGUUUUAACAUGUACUCCGGUUACCUUCAAGGGACUGCCACUGACAAGCUUCACUACUGGCUGAUCAAUUCUCAACAUGCUAGCACGGAUCCAUUGAUCAUCUGGCUGAGUGGCGGACCAGGCUGUAGCGCCCUCUAUAGUGCACUGACCAACAACGGGCCGUUUCUGGUGAAGCCUGAUGGGAUUAAUUUGGACUACAACCCGAGCAGCUGGAACCUGCAUGCCAACCUUUUGUACAUCGAUGCCCCAGUUGGCACAGGAUUCUCCUAUUCCUCAGAGUUUGACCCUUAUGACUCUCCAUAUGGAUCUAGCGACGAUCAGAUGACAGAGACCCAUUACCAGGCCCUGAUCUCCUUCUUUACUAAAUACGCCAACCUCACCUUGAAUGAUAUUUACCUCGCUGGGGACGGCUACGCUGGUGUCUAUGUACCACUCCUCAUGAGGAAACUGGAAAGCGUCUCAAAGGAAGUCCCACUGCAAUUCAAGGGUUUCGCAGUCGGUAAUGCAUGGACCAGUGCUGAACUGCAGGACAACUCUUUUGUUCACUACGCUUACCAACAUGGCAUCAUCGGGGAAAAACUUUGGGAGCAGCUGAAUUACUCGUGCUGUGUGAAAGACAACUGCAACUUUCACAACAAUACAAACUUGGAUUGUAUUCAAGCACUGAAUACAACAUACAGAGAAGUGAACAAUAUCGGACUCAACCCGUACAAAGUCAACGGUGACUGCGGUAGCAGGGUACGAGCGCCACUAGGAAUGCCCUCAGAGGAUGGAUUCUACCACUAUUCUGCAGGGGUACAGCACAUCUUUGCAAACACAAGUUUCGUUAAAAGAAAUCAGAAGACUCUCCAGGCAAUUCCAAAGUGGAAACUGAAGGCCGACUUAACGUGUGUCAAUGCCACUGCGGCAACAACAUACCUGAAUAAUCCCUACGUCAGAGAAGCGUUGCAUAUAACGUAUGAAUCCCCACAGUGGCAGCUGUGCAACGCUACUGUUGAUCAUGGUUAUGUAAGACUGUACCCCGACAUGUCCGGCGUAUAUCAAGCCCUUCUUGACACCUAUAAAUAUCGCAUCCUAGUCUUUAACGGAGACCAAGAUGCCAUUCACAACUUCCUGGGCAACCAGUGGUUUGUAACCAACCUGCACCGACAGGAAGAGGUGCAGUGGCGGCCAUGGCUCUACACCAGUGCACAACUCCAAGAACAGGUAGCGGGGUUCGUCCAGGAGUACGAUAACAUUGCUUUCCUUACAAUAAAAAAUGCUGGGUUUUGGACCGCCAAGGAUCAGCCUUUAGCAACGGCUCAACUCAUUUAUAACUUUAUCUACAAGCGACCAUUUUGAUCCAUCUUUUUGAUUCCGGUACAAUGUGAUAAGGGAAAUGUGUAAUAAAAUUAUUAAUUGAAUUAUUUUGGGAUAAUUGUGCAUUAUGAUAAUAAUAAUAAUAGUGGCUUCUUGUAGGCCUAUAGCGUGCAUAUCCACCACUCAGUGACACUCAUGGUUUCUUUUAAGUGCGUUACACUCCGAAGGAUGUCGCAUCAUGGUUAAGUGUCUAAAGGACACAUGUUUCACGACUGAGACUCGAACCGAUACUCUACUGACGAGAAACACCAGAGUUUGAAACUGGUACUCAACACAGCUAGGCUAUGACAUGAGUAAAUUAACAAAAAACCUUUAUAUAAAUGUAGAGAAAAGUAGAUCGAGAAUGUGAUCACAAUGUUAAACACGUGUGUCUUUCUGUCUAGCCUUUUUCACUCCACUGCAGGAGGAAAUCCUCUUGACCAAUUCUCAAUUUCACUCUAUCCUGCGCUGUCUGUUGCCAAGCAAUUCCCCAAUACAUAUGUAUGUACUACAUGUAAUAAUGUGUAUUCCUGCACUGAAACAAAGGACCAAAUGUACCAACAAAGAACAACAAAAAAGAAGAAGCAGAAUUUUACAAAUGUGACUUUUAAACUGUCUUUAUCAACCCAAGUACAGUUGUCAUAAAUAGUUAUAAAUUUAAGUACAUAAUGACAUACAAUUCAGGAAACUUAUUGACAUGUACACAAGAAAUGAACAUUCCCAGUAAAAUUAGUAACAAACAAAACAAAACUCUAGAGGACAAAAGUCGGUUGUCUUACCUUAGUUAAACCAUGGUCCUUGCUCUAUGGUUAUGCUGAGAUAACAAAUGUGAUAUGAUAACUUCAGGGUAAAUAACAAAAAGGGUACCAGACUAUUUCCCUGGUAGCCUGUCAUUUCCCUGACAAAGCAUUCACAGCAAUAUGUCAACCAGGUAAGUGUACACAUUGUUGCUUUGAUACUAAAAGGUAAUUUUCAAUUUCCACUUUAGUUAAAUAAAAUUCCUGUUUAGUAGGUUUUAAAAAAAACAUUUAUUUUUUAUGAGCAUAUUUUUGAGUAGGUCGAUUUAGUAUUACUUUUGUAUUUUAUAUAACAUUGUCUGUCAGACCUCAUCUGACAACUUUUUAAAUCGUCUUAAAGGAACAUUACAGAAUUCGUUUUUGCUAACAAAAUAGUUGUUGGCAGUGUAAGCACUUUAUGUAAUCCAAUAUACAUACACUGACAAACCUGUAUAAUUUUGAGAACGAUCGGCCAUCUCUGAUCUGGGUCACGAGAAAAUAGUUCAAAACUGAUUAUUCAUUUUGCAUGACAUCGAUUUUAAAUGUUUUUGAUAAACUUUAAACAAGAAAUUAGUUUGAUUUUCUAAUCAAGUCUGACAUUUCAGACAAAAAAAUAUUUCAAGUGAUAUUUUCUACAAUCAUCAUCAUUCGACCGUGUAAGUUUUAUGUAAAUCUGUGAUCUUGGAUGAUCGGUUUCUUACCAAUUCUGUUAUGUUCCUUUAAGCCUUACCAUAACAAAGAAGUAACUUGUAGUUUUGACCUUUUGCCCUUUAAUUUAGUUCAAAUUUUUGCCUCUAAUUUUAGCAAAACUCAUUAUUUCAGUUGCAAAAAUAUACAAGUCUUGAACCAGUAAAAAUAUUUCUGUAUACAAAAAAAUGGUGUAAGGCAUAUCAGAACUGGCCAAUAACUUGUUAAAACUAAGAAUAUUUUUCAUAAAAAAUGUCAUACAAAAAAAUUUGCGAACAGUUAUUUUGUAUGUAUUAUAGUCUUAAAAUGUAAAAUUUCUGCCAGAAUGAAAAUUAUUAGGGUUGUUAUGGAAUCAAGAGUCCAAUUUCUUAAAAGCUGCUUAAAAUGACAAGUUUUGCUUAAAAAUUUCCAGGAUACCAUUCACAAAUUGUACAUGUGACAUGGUGUUUUGGCUGGUAACCCUUAUCUGUUAAGCAUAAUGUCGCUGUGCUUAGCUACUUUUUGUGAUUAAAGGCAGUGGACACUAUUGGUAAUUACUCAAAAUAAUUAUUAUCAUAAA